AUGCAGCAAUGCAGCGAACAGGGCGGAUUCGGAAUGGAUGCGCCGUGUCACCCGUCACCGCUCGCCAGUGAGCACAACAGACGGGACUUGAUCCUGGGGCUGGGCGUGGACCGGAGAGACAAGCGACACGAGACUUGGAGAAGUUGCCCGGUAGAAGGCAAUACCGAACAGGCGAUGGUCGUGAAAUGCAACGUGAAGAACAAUCGAGAUAAUCUUGAGAAGAGCCAGCUACUCGUCUUCUGGAUCGCCUCACCGCGAAAACGACGAGCUUUCAACGAUAAGUGGGCACCACCAGUGGAUGAAAAGAUUCAAGAUUACAAUUCCCGGCUGCGUUGGGCGCCCCGAGAGAAGUUCCGCGGUCAAGCCUCCGUGGCGGAGUCAUCCUCGUGUGAUUGGAACCUUCAAGUCGUGCGCGAUCGAACGGCGCCGAGUCCCAUUCACGAACCUUACUUCGGUGGCGCGGACGAUGCGCCCGCACGGCAGAUGUAA